AUGUCUAUUCCUUUCCAUGCUCGUUGUAACAGUGUUCCCUCUAUGCAACACCCACAGGCUGCUUAUGUCCAUGAGCAGUUGACAAGAUUGAGAUCUUCUGAGGCAGCCUCUUCAUCUUCCAGCUCUUCUAUUUACCAAAGACUAAGCAACCUUCAAGAUUUACAUGACUCUCUUGACAAGAUGCUUCGCCUAUCACUCACCAACAAGGCUUUAACUCAGGUUCAGGUUGAGAAGCUUCUUGAUGGAUCCCUCAGGAUCUUGGAUUUGUGCAAUGUGGCCAAGGACGCUUUGCCUCAUAUGAAAGAAGGUCUCAAGGAGAUCCAAUCUAUUUUACGACGAAAGCGUGGAGAUCUAUCAGCAGAGGUCAAGAAAUACUUGGCCACAAGAAAGUUCUUGAAGAAGUCAUUCCAAAAAGUACUCAAGAAUCUGAAAGUGAGCGAAAACAAAGAGAGCAGUGAUAAAUCUUUGGUUGUGUUUGGAGAAGCAGAAGCCGUAACAGUUGGUGUCUUUGAAUCCAUGUUUAGCUUCAUGUCCGGAUCUAAGGCUUGUGGAAAAUGGUCAUUGGUCUCAAAGCUAAUGAACCAGAACAAAGCUGCAUGUAAAGCUGAAGUCAAUGAGUUCACAAGAGUGGACUUGGAGUUCCAGUCAGAGAAGUCCUUGAAGAUUGAAGAUGUGCAGAACUUAGAUUCAUGCAUUCAAGAUCUUGAAGAUGGAAUUGAGUCACUCUCAAAGCCAUUGAUCAAAUACAGAGUCUCACUUCUUAACAUCUUAUAG